CACUGUGAGUAGCGUUUCGAUUUUCAAAAAAAAAAAAAAAAUUAAUUCGCCUUGGUACCACCUUACAAGCAAUCAAAAAAGUUCGCACCCCUGAGUCGGUAGAGCAUUUUUGCAUGGAAAUUUCGUAAAAAACAUUAGGGGUUGUUGUUGUUGUAACAGCAUUCGGGUUUUGUUGUAUAUGCGCCUGUAUUCUGUAAAAUUUCUAACCGCGAUGCAUUGUAGAAUUUUACUACCAAAACCAUAAAUAUCACAAAAUACAGAAUACAAGAGCAUAUACAACAAAUCUCGAAUACCCCUAUUUUUUGCCGAAUCAAGGAGCCUUUUUGACAUUUUUCGGUGAAACCUAUACUUGGCGUUAUAAAUAUUUUUUCUAAAUAGUUCUACUAGAAUAAUCGAAAUACUCCCAUAGCAAAAGAAUGAUUUUUGAUUUACUGACAUUACGAUGGAACGUUAGGGUGAUAAGAACUGAGAUGUGGUGGGUAUCUAAGUACUAAGACGGGGUACUUGGGUCAAUGAACUUUAGAACAAAAACUUUGGCUCUUCGACAGGAACAUCGAUAUAUCCUCUUUAAGAUCCGACUGUAAAUGCCGAAGUUAUAACGAAGUUCGGCAAUUUAGUUUUUUUCGAAAUUGCCUUGCAAAAAUGUUUUAGAUACGGUCCUGAGUAUCAUAGAAAGCUGACUACGAGAACUAGCAUAAAAACAGAAUCUUAAGUCCUUCAAUAAGCCAAUCGAGUUUUAAUUUCGAACAGGAAGUCAGCUCAGCUCAGUAGUUGUGGAAAACUUUAAGAUUGCAUAAGCAAAUUAAGGUACAUAUUAAAAAAAAAGUAGCACAAAAAAUACGCGCUGGUAAUUUCGUUUAGCCGUCAAAAAUAAUUUAUUUCGAAAUUAUUUUCAAAAACAAAAUUUUUUUUAUUUUCGUAUUCAAUACACUUAAGGACUUCUACAUUUAAAACUGCUAAUAUAAUUCUUAAACAAUUAAUUUAAGAAACUUUAAAUCCUUCAUAAACACUUUGCGUACUUCGCUUUGCAGCAUGUUUGCGGCUGCCGCGGGCGCGCGAACCAGCCAGUCAGUGCCACGACGUUGGCCGCAAAAUUCUCGGCUUUUUCGUUGGUUUUUCAAGGAAUCACCAGAGUUAACAGUGCAACAAACCACUAAAUCCUAUGCCACCGAAGCGGUAGUUGAUUUGAAUAAUGCUUACAAAUGCGUGCGUCUGGAAAAAUUUCCACCUGAAACCUUGUCUAUAAAUAGGGAGCUAGUACAAAAAAUGUAUAAAGAAAUGGCGACGAUACGACGUUUGGAAACUGUUGCGAAUGCCAUGUAUAAGGAAAAGAUCGUGCGUGGCUUUUGUCAUCUUUACACUGGCCAGGAAGCCGUUUGCGUGGGCAUAAAUUCCGCAAUGCGUCCCACAGAUCACCUUAUAACGGCAUAUCGUUGUCAUGGCUGGUGUCAUGUGAUGGGCAUCUCACCAUAUGAAAUACUCGGUGAGUUGGCUGGACGCGAAUCGGGUUGUCAACGCGGUAAAGGUGGAUCUAUGCAUAUGUACUGCAAAAGAUUCUACGGCGGUAAUGGUAUCGUGGGUGCUCAGGUACCCCUGGGCGUUGGUGUCGGUCUUGCACUUAAAAACGAGGCAAAGGGCAAUGUUUGUGUCGCACUGUAUGGUGAUGGUGCUGCCAAUCAAGGACAAAUAUUCGAAGCCUACAAUAUUGCAUGUCUUUGGAGAUUGCCGGUGAUUUUUGUUUGCGAAAACAAUGAAUAUGGCAUGGGUACCAAAAUGAAUCGCUCUUCCUGUUCCAUUGAAUAUUAUACACGUGGUGUUCCACUACCUGGCCUUUAUGUUGAUGGCAUGAAUGUGUUCGCUAUGCGUAAUGCGGCACAAUUCGCCAUAGAUUUCGUACAAGAAAAUGGCCCAAUAAUUAUAGAAGCACAUACUUAUAGAUAUUUUGGUCAUUCAAUGUCAGAUCCGGGUACAAGUUAUCGAUCACGCGACGAAGUAACAGAAAAACGCACCAAACAUGAUCCGAUAUUGUACUUGAAACAAGUUGCUAUCGCCAAGGGAUUAAUAACAGAGGAUGAAUGCAAAAAAGUAGAUGAUGAAGUUAAAAAGGAAAUUCAAGCAAAUGCAGAGAAGGUGAAAAAAGACAAGGAAAUCAAGCCAGAGGAACUGUGGGCAGAUGUUUAUAUGGAAUGCAAAGAAGACGGCAUACGUGACACGAUCGGAGUACGACACAAGCAUUUUCGGGUCGGCAAGACAAUGGAAAAAGACAACAUCAAGUUAAAGUCAUUUAAGCCCGAUGAAAAAAUCGAGCCAAAAGGUAUACCAACGGAAAUACUGGAGGGGGAAGCACAAAUGGAGGCAAUAAAGGAAACGCAGGCGGUACCAAAAGCAAAAUCGAAAGAGGAUAGUACAGAAAAGUCUAAACCUUAUAAGAAAUAAAUCCUAACGUGAGAGGACUGGAAAUGGGUGCGGAGCUAUUUACAUUCCUUUGAGACUUUACGUACGUUGGUGGCCUAUAACAUAAUGGAACGGAAUUUUAAGUAUAGCAGAUGUUUAAAGAUCGGUAAAAAAUAUUUAGAAAUUAAACAUGCAACAUAAUGUUAUAAAUUCUUUAAGAAUGGUUUCCCGCUUGAUUUUUGUAAUUUUGUAAAGUCUUUAUAUUUGCAUUUCUUUUAAAUGAGCAUUUGGAUCAUUUUGAAACAAAGAAAGAAACAAAUAUAUUUGUUGUUUUAGGCAAAUAAACUUUUGCACAACUGGUAAGAACAGAGGUUACAUGGCGGCUUCUGCCACAAUUGACUGCGGCUUGUAAGUUCACAGCGUUUUUAAAACAAAGAAAAAA